AUGCCAAAACAUGAUUUACGACAUAAUUUACAUAAUUUGGCACAUGAAAUUUGGGAAGAAAAACUUAUUAUUUUAAUAGACAUCGUAAAAGACCUUUAUAAUAUUCAUGAAAAUGGAUUUAUUCAUCGAGAUUUACAUUCUGGAAAUGUAUUAAUAGAUGAAAUGAAUAUUCCAUACAUUGCUGAUAUGGGACUCUCUUGCCCAACAAAUCCAGAAGCAGGAAUGGAACUUUCUCUCUAUACCGAUUCAGAAACUUCUUCGGAAUGCAGCUCUGGAAUUUCUACCUCAUCUAAAUCAGAUGGUGUAUAUGUUGAAGAAUUACACGAUAUAUUCACUCAUUGGAGAAAUGAAUGUAAGAAAGAUAUAUCGACUAGUGAGCCUUCAGAAAUUCGUAAACAAUUUGAUGAAUCUGAUAGGAAUAUGAAAAGCAUCAAAAAAUCUCCUAUACAUCCUGGUGCAAUUUACAAAUCUCGGUAUAUCGCAACUCAAAAAAAUACAAUCAAUAAAACCAACAAGAUUAUGAAAGAUGAAAUAGAAGUUCGCAAUACCAAUAAUAUGAAAUUGAUUAUAGAUUUGCCUAGUUAA